AAAGGAAAAGGGGCGAACGAAUGCCAGGCACGGAAGCUCCCUAUUGGUCAGUGAGAGGUCAGCUGGUCUCUGCCUCCCCCUUAUCCCCCUCCUCACCCCAUCCCGUCUUACACACACACACACACACACACAUACUCUCUCUCCUGUUCUCCCCCCUCUCUCUCUCUCUCUCUCUCUCUCUCUCUCUGUCCCACACUGGCACUCAGCCACCCAGCUGCCCCCCCUCCUCACCCUCACCCUCCUCACCCCCUCCUCCCAAUCUGCGAUAAACUAAGUGAUAGCAGCAGCCCGUCGGACUGUCGGCUAUAAAACACAACAAAUCAUAAAGUGCAGGCAGGGGAAGGAGGACGGGAGGGAGAACCGUUAGCCGUUAGCUGUUAGCCUCCUUCUACUCCUCCUCCUUCUUCUUCAGCGCGUGAACCUUGUUGUUGUGUUUGUCUCGUGCCCUCCUGUCCUCCCCUCUCCUUUUCUCUUCUUCUCAUCCUCCUUCACUUUCUCUCGAUGAGUUCCUAUUUUGUCAACUCCUCUUUCCCGGUGACAAUACCGGGAACGGGAGGCGGUGGCCAGGCGGCGGCGGAGUCGUUCCUGGGUCAGAUCCCGCUCUACUCGUCGGGAUACGCCGCCGACCACCCGCUCAGGCACUACCCGGCGGCGGCCGUUUCCGCCGCCGCUGCCGUUGCGUACGGCGCCAGUGGCGGUGUUCACCAGGAUAAAGCGUACUCUGCGUCCUCUUACUACCAGCAGGCUGCAAACGGAGCGUACGGCGGGCACCGGGCGGCAGCGGGAGUCGGUGUAGGGGGCGCAGCCGGAGCAGGCACCUGCGACUAUGCCGCGGCAGCAGCGGCGGCGGCGGCAGCAGCGGCAACGAGUUUUUACCGGGACAAGGAGCUCCCGUGCAGCCUGGAGGAGCACCAGCUCGCGCUGACGCAGGACGGCAUGCACCGGAAAGUGGAGUGCGCGGGGCUGAGCGGCAAAGGGCUGUUCGGUGAAACGAUGGACGACAAAUCAUCAGCGCCGAUUUAUCCGUGGAUGCAGCGGAUGAACGCGUGUAACGGGACCUUCGGCAGUCCCGGGAGGCGCGGGCGUCAGACGUACACGCGCUAUCAGACCCUCGAGCUCGAGAAGGAGUUCCACUUCAACCGGUACCUCACGAGACGGAGAAGGAUCGAGAUCGCGCACGCACUCUGCCUCACGGAGCGGCAGAUCAAGAUCUGGUUCCAGAACCGGAAGAUGAAGUGGAAGAAGGAGAACAAGCUCAUCAACUCCUCCUCGUCGUCCUCCUCCUCCUCCUCCUCCUCCACGGUGAACGGAGUGGAAGAAGAGGAGAAACGGACUGAUGAAUGAAGACAGAAUAAAAAAUAAAAAACCGGAAGAGGAGGGUGGAAGAAAAGACUUGCUGGUGUAUCCGUUCACCUCCACAUCUUAAAGUUUGUCCGGACGUUUGUCUGGUGUGAAAACUCUGGGAGAAAACCUUUGAUUUUAUUUAAUUUUUGUACCGGAGCAGAAACAUGGAGGAAAGAAGGAGAGGAAGAUUCGUUCUUAUAUCACCUCCUGCCACACGAUGUAUCUGUAGGUCAUCAGAGCCGAAGAGAAAGACUCUCCAGAAGGAGCCGAAAACAAAAAUCAGAUCUUAAAAAACUAAAGGAAGGUGUUAAAGGGACGAGAUCAAACAUCCAAAAUGUCUUUAAAUAUCGAAGAAAUCAAUCUGAGACAUUUUCUUGUUGCAUUCCAAAAAGAAACUACCUAACUUCAUAUUCUACCUUCUUCUUCUUCUUAUGAUUAUUAUUUCAUUCAAUGUACUUUCUCUGCAGGCACUUGUUUUUUGUUUCUUCCCGCCUCAAUAUUUUUAUUUUCUUAUUUUGUAACGUGCUGUGUGUGUGUGUAUUAAUUAUACCUUUAAGUAACGUGCAAACACACACACACACACACACACACACACGCACACACACACACGCACACGCAUAAUGUGGGAGGACAAAGCUCUUAGAGAAGUGUGUGUAGGCCUGUGUCAUACUGUGUUCAUAUUUAAACUGUAUAGGAUAAAAACACCGUGCACGGUGGAGAUAAUGUACA